AUGUCUAGUUCAUCUUCUUUGCCAUCCCAAUUAGUUUUAGACGGUUCAGCUAGUACGACAGCCACAGUCACACCUUCUUUAACCGAUUUACAAGCUGCCACUCAAGCUAAUGCCGAUAAAAACAGUCAAGCUACUAUUGCUAGUGAUUCCGUCCAAACAAUAAGUGCAUCAGUGACUUCCCAAUUAGUAUACGCAAGUGUAUCUUCCCAAUUAACAAAUGCCAUAGGUUCAUUCACAGCUAGUUCAGAUGUCAAAACUUUGACACUUUCUUCAGCAUCAUCCGCAUCAUCUUCUAAAAGUUCUGGCUCAUCAAAUGCUUCAGCUAGUGUUAAUGCUAAUUCAGGAAACUCUAUAGAUUUGAAAAAAGUCAAAUACGGAAUAAUAUUGUCUAGUAUUACUGUGUUAUCUUUUAUAUGCUCAUUUUAA